AUGCGCUUAAAUAAUCAAAAAAAGAAUUAUUACUUAUCCUCACGUGAUGCUACACCGUUUUCUGAUGACGAUACAUGGUUGAGUGCAGGAAUCCCUGUUGAACUCAUCCAACUCCUGACAGUUGUCCACAAUCUGUUUUGCCAUGCUACGGUCAUCAACAAAGAGGUACUUGAUGGCAUGCUUAAAGAGAUUUGUGCUGCCUUAUUGGAAGCAGAUGUCAAUGUUAAAUUAGUCAAAGACCUAAGAGAAAAUGUUCGGACUGUGAUAGAUUUUGAUGAAAUGGCUGGAGGUUUAAAUAAACGCCGCAUGAUUCAGUCUGCAGUUUUCAAAGAACUUAUGAAGCUAAUUGACCCCAAAGUUCGUGCAUGGCAACCAACAAAGGGCAAAUCCAAUGUGAUUAUGUUUGUUGGUCUUCAAGGAAGUGGCAAGACCACCACUUGUACAAAAUUGGCUUACUAUUACCACAAGAAAGGGUGGAAGACGUGUUUGAUUUGUGCUGAUACCUUUCGUGCCGGUGCCUUUGAUCAGUUGAAACAGAAUGCUACUAAAGCCAGAAUACCAUUCUAUGGAAGCUAUACAGAAAUUGAUCCUGUUGUUAUUGCCCAAGAAGGUGUAGAGAAAUUCAAAGCAGAGAAUUUUGAAAUCAUUGUUGUUGACACAAGUGGACGACACAAGCAAGAAGAUGCCCUCUUUGAAGAAAUGUUACAAGUAUACAAUGCCAUUCAUCCUAAUAAUGUUGUCUUUGUGAUGGAUGCUUCCAUUGGUCAGGCUUGUGAAUCGCAGGCACGUGCCUUCAAAGAAAAAGUAGAUAUUGGCUCUGUUAUCAUUACGAAGCUUGAUGGUCAUGCAAAAGGUGGAGGGGCCCUCAGUGCUGUGGCUGCCACAAAGAGUCCUGUGAUUUUUAUUGGUACUGGAGAACAUAUUGAUGAUUUUGAACCAUUUAAAGUCCAGCCAUUUGUCAGCAAACUUUUGGGUAUGGGAGAUAUUGAAGGACUCAUAGACAGAGUGAAUGAAUUGAAGUUGGAUGAUAAUGAAGAACUCAUGAAGAAAUUAAAACAAGGUCAGUUCACAUUGCGAGACAUGUAUGAACAGUUCCAAAACAUCAUGAAAAUGGGACCAUUCGGACAAAUUAUGGGUAUGAUCCCUGGUUUUGGAAGCGAUUUUAUGAGCAAAGGUAGUGAACAAGAAUCUAUGGCUCGUUUGAAGAAACUCAUGACCAUUAUGGACAGUAUGAAUGAUCAGGAGUUGGACAGCUUGGAAGGUGAAAGGCUUUUUGCAAGACAACCAUCUCGUUGCCAAAGGGUUGCUCGGGGUGCUGGUGUUUCUGUACGAGAAGUUAGUGAGCUGUUGCAACAAUACAAGAAGUUUGCCCAGAUGGUCAAGAAAAUGGGAGGAAUUAAAGGACUUUUCAAAGGUGGUGAUAUUAACAAAAAUGUAAAUUCUGCCCAGAUGACAAAGUUGAAUCACCAGAUGGCAAAGAUGAUGAACCCUCGAAUUCUUCAACAAAUGGGAGGAAUGCAAGGACUUCAGACAAUGAUGCGACAGUUUCAGCAAGGUGCUGCUGGCAAAUUGGGGAACAUGUUCAAUAUGGGGGAACAUUAA